GGCUGGCUCAGGCUGCAGCUUUUAAAGCAGCUUCUUGUGACUUGAUGCUUUGCUGCCUUGUGCUGCAGCACGUUGCACUUCUGGACAAAAUAGUGCUGCUUAUCAUUGGGUUUGUUGCUAAGUGGAGGUUCUGAAUCAUCUCUCUACCAAAAUUAAACUUCAGAGCCCAGCUUAGCUCUGUUUGUUGCCUUAGCUUGCUGGCUCUGGCCUGCAGACUCACCUUGUUGUGCUGUCCUUUGUCACACUGUGUCUCUGCAGCUUGCCCUGGGAGAGCUGUAGUAAAGAGCAGUAAACUGAGGCUUGCUUAAAGAUAACCUGCUGCGUACUGCUGGGGGGGAUCCUUAAGCUUUGUUGGAUGUAGUAAGAUACAGGCUAAAGAUCAGUAGUUCUUCUCAAUUCAGGAAUAUUUAAGCAUCUGCUGUGUCUUCAUUCACCCAGGGAAUGAAGGUCCUCGUUCAUGGAAGCUCUGCAGUGCUAUUGGGCCUUGCCUGCAUGGUGUACAGGAAUGGUAGUGUGAGGUAGAGGGGGGAAAGUAGGACUGUGCCCAGCUGAGGGCAGCCAGACCUGGUUUGGGUCAUUAUCUUUGAAAUUAGCCUUCCCUGGAAGUCUUGUAACCCAUCAGUGGUACCUGACUCACUGGUAUCAGUGACUGUAACUCCCACUGUCCCUGUCUUCUUUUUGCUUCCCUCCUCCAAACAGCCUGUACCUUCACACUGACCAUGGCUGUCCAGCAGUUCUGAUGGUUGCCUCUGUGUCGUGUUUUGCUUCCUAUGGAUCUCCAGGAAAUGCCGUCCUUUUCAGGGGAGCUUUAAGAAGAGGAGAAGCUGCUGAAGAGCCCACAUCCACCUCGUGUAUAACUGGAUGCCAUCUGGUACCAUCCUGCACAUCCUGGUCAAUUCAGACAUGUUUGCAGAACAUGAUUGAGGAGGCUUUAAAUACCGAAUGUGCUCCAAGUACCACUCUGGUUAUUUGAUAUAUCUGCCAUGGUCCAUUUGUUCUCUGUGAAUUACUGCAGGGACUCAGCAGCAAGCAGCCCUACGUGCAAGGGUGGAGGAUGUCGUGUACUUAUAGGGCCUGUCCACGGGCAUGGAUGUGGCCCUUUGGUUCAGCACAGAUCCCAAAGUGUUGGUUAGGAUGUGGCACAGCUGAGGGCUUUGCCAAGGGCCCAGUGAGGUACUGAUCCAUCUCAGGGACAGCAGAGAGCAAUCCAUGGACUCAGGGAAGUACAGUGAACAUGGAAAUGAUGCAGAGGAACAUACCUUGAGCAGCCUUCUCUCUGCCAGGAGACAGCCCAGCAUGAGCCACAGAACAGCUGGGGUUGGAAGGGACCUCAAGGAUCAUCCAGUUCCAACCCUCCUGCCUGUGAAUGCAUCACUUGAGCUGUUGUGCUGUGGAAAGAGCUCUCCUUUAGAUGCAGUGCUGCAGCUGAUAGACCUCAGCCAGCUGGUUGGUGCCCACCAAGCUGCUCUUUCACUCCUCCUCAUCAACAGGAGAGAAUACACACGUGGAGGUGGUCAGUUCUUAUUUAUGAGAGUCUUGUAGUCAUGAAGAGGAACACCCAGUGUUGUUCAUCACAGAGAAGUGGGAUAUCUGGAAUUUAAAGCAGAACUUUGGCCUCGAGCAAAUACCUCAACCAGACCGAAAUAUCAAAGUCAUUUUGAGACAUCACUUUCCCCCUUUGGAAGUUUCAAAUCCUUUAUCUAAGGCUUCCAUAACCUUCAGGCAGCAUCAGGUUAUGAGCCCAGACCUCUCCGGGCAGCCUUCUGCAUUGCUCCCUCAUUGGCACAGCAGCAUUUCCCAUCGCAGUCAGAUGGAACUUCCUUCACCAUUGCUUAUAAAAGGGCUCCUCCUGUCCGCUCUAUCUUUUGCAGCCAGGAGCUGUGUGGGCUGAUGGGAACCCUCUGCCAGUGUUGGCCAACAGCUUUUCCUGGGCUGAUAUCGCUGGGCCCAUCUAUCUGAUAGGUUCUGUGUCUUCCUCUUUUGAUCACUGUGUGUUGGCUGCCCCACAUGCAGAUGACAACUCGUUUGCAUGAGGGUGUUGGUGUCAGCUGCCUCACUCUCAUACCCAAUUCAGCGCCUGAAUGUAUAUAAACCAUUUCCAUCAUCCUUUUUUCACCUUGUUCUAUCAGCGAUGAUAACAAAAGGUGUUUUUGUGCUCUGGAGGAAAAGAGCAAUUGCAUUCACCUUCCUGUCAGCAAGAUGAACCUGGAGGAUUGGGGCAACUUCCUCUGAUGCAAGUCCUCUGCUCUGCCCGAUGGACCGUUAGAGCUUCAGGGGGAUAAAAGCUAAAAGCACCCAGCAGUGCAGCCAUGGAGCCCGUCUCCUUCCAGGAAUACAUCUGCUCCCUGGAUCCCACCACCCUUCCCCGCAUCCUCAGGAUUUGCUCCGGUGUCUACUUCCAAGGGUCCGUAUAUGAGAUCUCUGGCAUCGAGUGCUGCCUGUCAACCGGUGACCUGCUGAAGGUGACGGCUGUGACACUGCAGAAGGUGAUCUGCGAGGAUGUGCAGACGGGGCAGAAGUCAGAGCUGCCACCCACGUUUCAGGGUCUUUUCCAGCCCUCUCCAGCUCCAUCGUCGCAUCCUACAUCACAGGGACCCCCCGUGCAGGGCAGUAGGCAGAAGGGCCUGACCCUGCUCCAGGCUGUGGGGCAGAGCGGAGGGCAGACACAGCCCCUGCUGUGCCCCAGCAUCAGCCCCCACGCCUUGCUGCUGAGCCCCGUGUACGAGGUGCAGGCCAUCAUGCACUUGCGCAGGGAGCAGGUGAAGAUCCCCUCCACGCUGGAGGUGGACGUGGAGGAUGUGACAGAGGAGUGUCAAGACGUGCACUUUGCGCGGCCGCUGCUGCUGAGCGAGCUGCUGGGGAUGGAGGAGCUGCUGCCGGCACAGGCCGAGAUCCUGGAGGCUCCGCACGGCGCCGCCAUCUUCCAGAGCUCCUGGGCCUCCCGCCUGCACAAGGGGCAGCGGCUGCAGAUCCACGGCUGCUCCCACACAUGGCGGGUCUUGGCCUCGGCCCGCAGCAGCACCCGCCGCUUCCUCCUCUCCAGCUCCUACCGGGGCCGGUUCCGCCUGCGGCCCCGGCAGUUUGUGGGGGUGCAGGAGCUGGCGGCCGGGCUGCAGCCAGGACAGCGGCUGCACGUGGUGGUGACGCAGGACUGCGAGGGCCGCGGGGAUGACGUGCCGCCACUUAGUGUGGGAGACAGGCUGGAGGCCCAGUGGCUGCUGCAGAACAACGGCAGCACCCGGUUACUGUGCCGCCGCCGCAGCGAGGGCGAGGAUGGAGAGGAUGAGGAGGGUGAGGAGCUGCUGCUGCCGCUGGACCUGGGGGGCGGCUUCGUGGAGGAGGUGGGUGACAACAAGAAGUACGGGCUGGAGGAGCUGCUGGAACAGAUGGCGCUGCCAUGUGAUGUGAGGGUGGCGGCCACGGACCCGUCGAUGGAGCGGGACGUGUUGGGCUCCUUCUCCUCCCUGCGGUUGGAGGCCCGCAUCUCCCAGCCCUUCCUGCUCAGCAGCUUCUGCGAGGAGCCGGAUGAGGGCUUUGAGAUCCCGCCACGUUGGUUGGACCUCUCCCUCGUCCUCACCGAGGAGCCCGUCAGCACACAGAGCCCAUCCACGCACUGCUCCCACGUGGAGGAGCUGACCGAGGCCUUCUACUACCAACUGCUGGCACAGCUGCCGGGCGGCUCGGCCCCACCACCCCCACGGCCCCCCAAACCAAAGGCACAGACACACCAGGGCAGGAAGAACCAGGCACACCCCAAAGGAAGGCGCCCUGCCGUCCCCCAGCGCCCCACCAGCCCCCCAGCCCACCCGGCUCCUUCAUUACCUCUGAAGGCAGAACAGCCCCCCAUCCAGCAGAGCACCCCCAACAAGUACAGCCCGUGCCCCCGCAGGCUGCCAGCCCCACAGAUCCAUGACAGUCCUGGAAAUACAGAUGUGAAGAGCAGCGAUGAUGAACACAAUUAUGAAGCCAUUGAAAGCAGCGUUCAGAAGACAAUUCGCAAAGUGCAGACUAUUCUUCCUUUUUAACCCCUCAGUUUCUGAAGCUGUCCAGACUCUGACUAUUCUUAAACCUUACAUUAAAUUAAAGCUAUUAAACAAAUACAACCUCGGCGAUCCACAGCAUGACUUCUAUCUGCCUCCAUAUGUCCCCACUAUCCACAAAUGCAAGCAGCUCACGUGCCUGAGGAGCAGCCACAUGUGCAGAAUAAAUCCUCCCUGCUCUGCUGUGCUGGGAUAUCACGCUGUCGUGUCCUCAGCUGUUGCCUAUGGGACUCUCCAGUUGCACCAGAGCAGCGUACAGUGGGGCAACCAUCCUGGGAACUUGAUAGGAGACACCACGAGAAGCACCAACACGGGGUAAUUUCCAGUCCCAGCUGCUGUAGACCACAAGCAGGUACAAAUCAGAGCUGGAAAAUAAACCUUUAAGUUCCAUUUAUCAGCCAA